GUGAAACAGUCCUAAUGGGACUGCUUUAGUUUCUUGAAGUAGUUAUGCUGUAACGAUUAUAGAUAGCAGUCAUGACAGAGAAGAGCGAAUGGUGUAGAAGGCUAGGGAAAGCAUGCAUGCCCCAAAGACACGUGCUAGCCAUCAUGGGGCUUUUAGCCGUUGUGAAUGCAUACACAAUGAGGAUUAGCUUAUCGGUGGCUAUUGUAUCAAUGAUAGGAAACCUUGGUCGCGGUAACGGCAAUUCCUCUGCUAUUGUAGACCGCGACCCGAAUUCAUGCCCCUACCCAGACAUCGUUGAAGGAGAAAAAAUAAUAGAAGGAGAGUUUGACUGGGACACCGAGACUGUAGGCAUCAUCUUGGGCUCUUUCUACUGGGGAUAUAUAUUCACACAUUUGCCAGGCGGAAUAUUAUCUGAGAAAUGGGGAGGGAAAUAUCUUCUCAGCGUUGGUAUCCUGAGCACCGCAAUCUUUACUCUAGUUUCACCCGUCGCGGCCAGAUAUGGAGGGCCUAGUUGGUUCAUCGCCGUCAGAGUCCUUAUGGGACUGGGAGAAGGAACGACUUUCCCAGCACUGAACGCGCUUUUAGCCCAAUGGAUUCCUGUUGAAGAACGAGGAUUCUGGGGAACGCUAGUCUUCUCCGGCAGUCAGGUUGGAACGAUUGUCGGAACCGCACUGACUGGGCUCUUGAUCGAGGCAUGGGGAUGGGAAAGUGUUUUCUACUUCUACGGUGGUUGCGCUUUCAUCUGGUUCAUCGUCUUUACUCUUAUUUGCUAUAGUAGACCCGAUGAGCACCCUUAUAUUACGGAAGAAGAGUUGGAAUAUCUUAACGAAAAGCUGGGAGACACUGUCAGCAAGGAUAUCCCACCAAUUCCGUGGAAAUCCGUUGCUACGUCAGUGCCGUUGUGGGGUCUUGUCGUGGCUCAAAUUGGCCACGACUGGGGUUUCUUCACCCUUAUUACAGACCUGCCUCUUUACAUGAAAGAUGUUUUGCACUACAAAGUAGGAAAGAAUGGUCUUGUGUCAUCCCUCCCAUAUGUUGCAAUGUGGUCUGUGUCUUUGUCGUCUGGGCUCCUGGCAGACUGGCUUUUGAAGAAAAAGUAUUUGAGCACUACAAAUGUACGGAAAAUCUUCACUACUGUCGCGUCUGUGCUGCCUGCUGUGGGCUUGCUUGUUGCUUCAUAUGCGGGAUGCAAUGAGAUCGCCGUGGUAACCAUUUUUUGCGUUUUCAUUGCAUUCAUGGGAGCAUUCUACCCAGGCAUGAAAGUCAACGCACUCGAUCUUAGCCCAAACUAUGCUGGUCUAUUGAUGGCAAUAGUAAAUGGAAUCGGCUCUCUUUCUGGGAUCGUCACUCCAUACGUGGCAGGCGUAAUUGCAAAAGACCACACAGCCGAACAAUGGAGGACAGUGUUUUGGAUCGUGUUCGCUGUCAUGAACUUAACCAACUUGGUUUACGUUUUGACCGCGACAGGGAAAGUUCAGCCCUGGAACUGGGGUGAAAAUGGAAAAGAUUUUAACAACGAUCAAAUACAGCGAGGGAAUUCAAAGAAAGCCAUUGAAAUGGAAACAAAGGCUUAAAAAAUAGCGUGCGCUAAUGUUAAAAUAUAAUAAAGUUUAUUUUUUAAUUCCCUUCAUAUGUGUUGCAUUUUUCACAUUUUGUUCUGUUUAACAGUUACGUAAGUAAA